UCCACGGAUGGUUUGAACAUUCCCGAUUGAUUUCAACACCAGAGUGAAGUUCGAGGUGUUCGACGACUCGAGGAGAGGGAAUUCAGCGUGCGAGGUUUCGAGAUUUUUUUUGCGGAUUCGAGAUGUCGAUACCGAGUUUUCGUGACCAGUGGGACGUUCAAGCGUCGGAUAUCGCGAGGAGGACGCACAACCCCAUAAGAUCUAUCGUGGAGAACCUCGUGGUAGAGCCUAAUCCCGCUAAAUCCAUGAUCUCCUUGUCAAUCGGUGACCCUACUACAUUUGGCAACCUAAAGCUACCGAAACAAGUGAUUGAAGCAGUUCAAGGAAGCCUCGUUUCGCAGUUGCACAAUGGUUAUGCACCCAGUACAGGUUACCAAAUUGCAAAGGAAGCUGUGGCCGAGUACAGUUCCAGCGAAUUCGUGAAAGUGGAUGCGAAAGAUGUAAUUUUGUGCAGCGGAUGUUCCUGCGCCCUCGAUCUCUGCAUAACAGCUUUAGCACGAGGGGGCCAAAAUAUCUUGAUACCACGACCUGGUUUCCCGAUCUAUCGAACACUGGCAGAAGGUCUCGGGAUCAACGUAAAAUCCUAUGAGUUACGCCCGAAGUUCGGCUGGGAGAUCGAUCUGGACAAUCUGGAAUCGCAGAUCGACGAAUCUACGGCGGCGAUCAUUGUAAACAAUCCUUCGAAUCCGUGCGGCUCCGUAUUUAGCCGGACUCACACACUUGAUAUUCUCGACGUCGCCGCUCGUUACUACAUACCAAUUAUAGCCGAUGAGAUUUACGAACAUAUGGUGUUCCCGGGGCGGACUUUUCAUUCGUUAGCGUCCUUGUCGAGAGAAGUUCCUAUUUUGUCGUGCAGCGGCCUUACAAAAAGAUUUUUAGUACCAGGCUGGCGUAUGGGCUGGAUAAUCAUUCACGAUCGCCAGAACGUUCUGGAAAAGGAGAUAAGGAAAGCUCUUAACUGUUUAAGUCAGAAAAUUAUCGGAAGUAAUACGCUUAUUCAAGGUGCUCUGCCUGCAAUUUUGAAGAACACGCCACAGGAAUUUUAUGAAGGCACCAUGACGACGUUGCAUAACCAUUCAAAAUUGGCGUACAAUUGUGUAAUAAAGGUUCCUGGACUGAAACCAAUAAUGCCCGAUGGUGGAAUGUACAUGAUGGUUUACAUAGAUCUACCUUGUUUUCCGGAAUUUAAUUCCGACCUCGAAUUCGUGCAACGAUUGCUAAUGGAGGAGUCCGUGUUUUGCCUCCCUGGCCAGUGCUUCGACUAUCCGUCGUACAUGCGACUGGUGAUCACGGUGCCCAUGGAAAUGUUGGAGGAGGCCUGUGAAAGGAUUCAAGAGUUCUGCGAGAGGCAUCACUACAAGACGGCUGAGGAUGCGCAGAAGAACAAUAUAAUCGUUUCAGAGAUUCCGUAUUAAAAGUUGUCGACUUGAACAAAAGAACACCCUUUCCAGCCUGGAAACGACCGUGCAAGCCGUUAGUUAUUAAUUAAUCGAUGAGCACCGGAGAGACUUAACAGGGAGUUUGCCAGUACAUACGAGCCGAAUGUGAGUCGGAAUGGAAUCCAACAGGGUCCUGUAAGAGAAUUCUCAGCAUCGUCGAGAGUGCUGCACGGAAUCUCACAUAAUUGCGGCGCGGGGAUAAUCCGUUUGAGAUGAAAACCGAUAAUUCGGUAUGUAAUGUGAAACUGCUUGGACGCUAAUGCAAUUCGUGAUUAAUAAUUUCAAGGCGGCGCGAUCGACCGAAUGUGGCCUCUCGUAUAAUUGCAUUCUGCGGCCCGCACCUAUGACUUUCCC